GAGACACGACAGUGAAUUAAGACUAGGCGACUUUCCGCGGGCAGCAUGGGGAUUUUAUCCGACUUGUAAACACGGCUGGAAUAAACGCAGCACCAGCUUGAACCAUCAUCUUCAGCGUCGACUCUUUGGUUUGUUGUUGCUUCUUGUGGCAUUAAAAAAAAGAAAAGGGGGAAAAAAAAGAAAAGAAAAAAGGUGGAAACCUGGCACUUUUGGCACUUAAAAGCGAGCAGGAGUUUGUUGGCGGAUUGACAAUGUGGCGGUGUGUGUGAGCAGCGCCUGAGCUCGGUGGACUCCCUGAUGCGGUGUGAGUCCGAGCGGCUCCGUGGUUCCGCACAGCCGCCCUCGGAGCGCCCAAAGCCGGCCUCGGUGUGAGCGGGGACUCGGUGCUGCGCCGCCACCUCCUCCACCACCUUCUCCUCCUCUUCCUCCUCUUCUUCUUCCUCCUCCUCCUCCUCCUCCACCUCCUCCUCCUCCUCAUGGCGCAGCGGUACGAGGAUCUGGUGCAUUACGGAGCGGACGGACUCGGGAUACCGGCCCCGGCGGUGUAUGGCGAGCCUCAUGCGGCGGCGCGCGCCGUGCACGCGGCUCACGGGGGUCCCGGUCCCGGCGCCACUGCCGCCGCGCUCCACGCGCACCACUAUCCGCUGGCUCCCGGCAUGGGCUCGGCUGUUAACGACGCGCUAAAACGUGACAAAGACGCCAUUUAUGGACACCCUCUGUUCCCUCUGCUUGCACUGGUUUUUGAGAAAUGUGAAUUAGCGACGUGUACUCCGAGAGAGAGCGGCCUGGCGGCUGAUGUCUGCUCCUCCGCAUCCUUCGACGAGGACAUUACCGUGUUUUCAAAACAGAUAAGGGCAGAAAAGCAGUUUUUCACGCCCAGUCCAGACCUAGAUAACCUGAUGGUGCAGGCCAUACAAGUGCUGCGUUUUCAUCUUUUAGAAUUAGAGAAGGUCCACGAGCUUUGCGAUAAUUUCUGUCACCGGUACAUCAACUGUCUGAAAGGAAAGAUGCCGAUGGACCUGGUGGUGGAUGACAGAGAAGGAUCUUCCAAAUCCGACAGUGAGGAUUUCAGUCGAAACUCCGGCGGCACCGCGGAUCAAAUGUGUUGGAGGGAAGAUGACUCUGUCUCCGUUCACUCCACCGAAGGUCCGGCACCCUGCGGAGGACGUUCCAGUUCUCUCAACGGAGACAACAGUAGUGAACAUGGUGACCUUUUGGACCACGGUGCUGCUUCUCCAAGCACAGGGGAUGACGACGAGACGGACAAGGACAGGAGGAACAACAAAAAACGAGGGAUUUUCCCUAAAGUGGCAACCAACAUCAUGCGAGCGUGGUUGUUCCAGCACCUAACACACCCGUACCCCUCUGAAGAGCAGAAGAAGCAGUUAGCUCAGGAUACAGGUCUCACCAUCCUCCAGGUCAACAACUGGUUCAUCAAUGCCAGGAGAAGGAUAGUCCAGCCGAUGAUCGAUCAGUCGAACCGCGCAGUGGGUCACAGUGGGCCAUACACUCCUGACAGUCAGCCAAUGGGAGGCUACAUGUUGGACGGACAGGCUCACAUGGCUGCCAGGGCCUCAGGUUCACUGGGGAUGGGGAUGGACAGUCAAUGGCACUACAUGUAACCAAUGUCUAAUGCAUCUUAACACCUACCUAGGUGUCAGCACCAAAGAUGGCGACUCGUCAACGCUACAAAUCCCAGAAGCCUGAUAAAUGACCUCUCCGUGGCUUAAGGAAUGCAAGCGCCUCGCUGCCACCACAGAGACUGCUGCAGCGGGCCGUUACAGCCGUCUCGUUCAAAAUGGCCGCCCCAGCUGGAGUCUGGCGAGGACCGGGACAUCAAUCAUAAUGGGUCAAAAAAAAAAAAAAAAAAGAUAAAAAGAAAACACCUCUACUACUCCCAGCCUUACCUGCUGUAGGCCUGGAGACGAAGACUGGACUGCCUUAAAGGAUAAGGACACUCGAAUGUUAAGCCUCAAAAAAAAUACUUUAUCCAGGUGUUUAAAUGGUGUUUCUUUGUCAAAUUCUAGGGUUUGGAGCCCAAAAAUGACCUCCCGUAGAUGGCUAACAGAAAGUCAUUUACUACUGUUAGCAUAAAAAUAAUGAUCAAUAUCAUGUUGUUGGGUUAUUUUGUGGAUUGUUAAUGCAUUUACCUAAAUAUUUAACUCUGAAUUGUUAUUUAUGUAUUUGCUUGAAUUGUAACAUCAGCCUUGUAGCAGGAGUUACUUUUAUUCCUUCACCAAGAUGUCUGUAGUUACAGCAUCAGCUUCCUUAGUUACAGCAUCGGUUUCUGUAGUUAAAUGAUCAACUUCCUUAGUUACAGCAUCAACUUCCUUAGUUACAGCAUCAACUUCCUUAGUUACAAUAUCAGCAGUCUUGGUUACAGCAUCAACUUCCUUAGUUACAGUAUCAUCAGUCUUGGUUACAGCAUCAACUUCCUUAGUUGCAGCAUCAACUUCCUUAGUUACAAUAUCAGCAGUCUUGGUUACAGCAUCAACUUCCUUAGUUACAGUAUCAUCAGUCUUGGUUACAGCAUCAACUUCCUUAGUUGCAGCAUCAACUUCCUUAGUUACAAUAUCAGCAGUCUUGGUUACAGCAUCAACUUCCUUAGUUACAGUAUCAGCAGUCUUGGUUACAGCAUCAACUUCCUUAGUUGCAGCAUCAACUUCCUUAGUUACAAUAUCAGCAGUCUUGGUUACAGCAUCAACUUCCUUAGUUACAGUAUCAGCAGUCUUGGUUACAGCAUCAACUUCCUUAGUUGCAGCAUCAACUUCCUUAGUUGCAGCAUCAACUUCCUUAGUUACAGCAUCAAUUUCCUUAGUUACAGUAUCAGCAGUCUGGGUUACAGCAUCAACUUCCUUAGUUACAGCAUCAGCUUCCUUUGAAACAACAUCAACUUCCUUAGUUACAGCAUCAGCUUCCUUUGAUACAACAUCAACUUCCUUAGUUACAGAAUAGCCUUAUUAUUUACACCAUCAACUUGCCUAGUUACAAUAUUAACUUUCGCAGUUAUUGGAUCAGCUUCCUUAGUUACAGCUUCAACUUGCUUAGUUACAGCAUCAACUUAUUAUUUACACCAUUUCCUUCCUUAGUUACAAUAUUAACUUUCGUAGUCAGAAGAUCAGCUUCCUUAGUUACAGGAUCGUUUUGGCGUUGAUGGAGGGAGAACCACCUGAAAGUAUCUCCGUUACCGCUAGGCAAAAUGGCAGAAGGAUGAUUUCUGGACAAGACGCUGAUUUCUGGAGGGUCUUUCUGCAGGGUUGAUGAGAGCGUGUCUCUGUGAAAACGGUAGCCACAGAAAAACCAAACUUUUCAGAUCACCAUACGCGAUGAAAACUUUUGGCACACGGAGACCGUAAUGUCUUACCACUUUGUAUAGAAACACAUCAUUUUGCCAAGAGGUAAAAUAACACCUUGCAUAAGAUUUACAAGCGUUCCAUCUCUUUAACAAAGAAUAUCACUUGAAUAGUCCAAAAACCAAAAAAACCCCCAAAAAACCAGUGUGUCCCCCAUUGAAGUGUAUUGGAGGUCACUUUUGUGCUCUCUCAAAUCCACCCCAAAACCACGCUGAAUAAAAUAUGCAUUUUGAGGUUUAACAGUGACCUUUAAGAAGUUAAAAACAAUUUUCUCACCAGCAGCAGGAGGACCUGCACACAGUUUAAGGAUCUACUUCAUUGGGAUCUACGUGGAAUUACGUAAAAAAAAAAAAAAAAAAAAAAAAAGAAAGAAA